GACAGUGAGGAUUAUGCAAUAUGGGAAAAUACUGAGAAUGGUUGCUUUUCUAACACUUCUGCGUGGCACCUAACAAGAAGAUAUAGAACUAAUAUGCCUUUUCUAGAUAAUAUCUGGCAUAGUUCUAUCCCGUUUAAAAUAUCUUUUCUUACUUGGAGAUUGAUUCAUAAGAAGCUUCCCUUCAAUGAAGCAGUGGUUAAAUUUGGAAGACAAGGUUCCCCUACUUGUAUAUGUUGUACUAUUCCUAAAAAUGAUUCCAUUCAACAUGUCUUUGUUGAGGGACAAGCAACUGAUCAUAUCUGGAGAAUUAUUGGAGCCCCUUUGGGCAUUAAUCAUCAGCAUAUCCCAAUUAAUGGCCUGCUACAACACUGGUGGAAUCAAAAAGCCAAAAAUAAGGUUUGGAGAGCAAAAAAAAUUCUCGCUAUAUAGGCUGGAAAAUCAGACCGUAUGGAACAUCAAAACUGCUCUAAAUGUUGCUAUCCCAAGCAUAUAUUUUGGUGGUAAUUGGAUCAGUACUUGUGAGACUGCGGAAAGAAUUAAACCAAUGCUAAAAUGUACUCACAUCUGUUGGAAGAAGCCGAAUACUGGUAAGCUAAAAAUUAAUACCGAUGGCAGCUUUUGCAAAGUAUCCAAAAAAGAUGGAAUUGGAGGGAUUAUUCGAGAUGAAGAAGGAAAACUCGUUAUGGCAUUUUCUAUUCCAAUCGAAUGUGGAAGCAGUAACUUUGCCGAAGCUAUGGCUGUCGAGUUUGGAAGCUCAUGGUGCGGAAUUAAUGGCAUAGAUGAUAUUCAAGUGGAACUUGAUUCACAAGCCAUUGCCAACAUGCUCACCAAAUAGAAUUCGGAGAACUUGAAGCUCAAGCAUAUAAUCAGCAAGAUCUUAAAGAAUGUGGAGGGCACUAAUAUUGAAUUCCUGCACUGUUCCAGAGAAGCAAAUUCCGUGACAGACUACUUAGCUAAACUUGCUUCAUCAAGUAGUGUUAGGUCCUUAUAUCAUUCUCACAACAGUUUACCUGGAGAGGCAAAGGGACUGGUUCAACUGGAUCAAUGGCAGUUACCAACUUUUAGAAGAAGAAUUGAGAAAUGUAAUUUCUUUGUUUGUUAAUAUACCUUUUGUAUUACGGAAAGAGAAUUGUAUAGGCUGCCUCUUUCCUUAAGAUUGGCUUUCAAUCUUCUUUUGUAGAUUAGAGGCAAGGUUCCAUGUCCCCCUCUAAUCAUUGUAUUCUUAUUACAUAUAUUAAUAUGGUAGGGGUCAAGGCAAACCCC